AACGUUAGGCUUGACGCUUUGUUUUAUGUACAUGUAUCUUGUGUAGUUGUUUUAUAGUUCUCUAUUAAAACACUUUCAAGAAGCUUUUCUUUGAGAAUUAUCCAAGAAAUAAAUGACUUUGUUAUUGAAACGACAUUUUUUAUUCUAAAUGCAUUUAAUAGUAAGAGAAAGUGUGUUCUUAUUCUUAAUAAAAUUACGGAGCAGCGAAAACCAAGGUCAUCAAGGAUUAGAACCCUGUAAAAGUAACUUGUAAGUCACUACUGAGCCACAAAUGUUACGUGACACAGCUGAAGUAUAACAGUAGUCACCUUGUGUUCAUCCACACGUGGAGCUAAGCUCUCAAACGAAACUGUUGAUAACACUAUUUUUUAACUGGCUUUCUUUUUUUUGUUUGUUUAUUUAAAAAUAGUACAAAAUGGCUGAAAGUGACAAUGGGAAUGAAAGAGGUAAUGUAACUGCUAGAAUUGAUGAUGAUAUCUGCCGUGAUUUUCUACGUAACGUGUGCAGGCGUGGAUCUAAUUGCAAAUACAGACACCCAGAACCUGAAAAAGAAAAUCAAGAAGGCGGAAACAAGGAUAUUAAAUUCUGUCGUGAUUUUCAAAAUAGAGGUUGCCGUCGAGCCAACUGUAAGUUCGUACAUUGCACUAAGAGAGAAGAAGAAUACUACUUAAGUACGGGCAAGUUACCGAGGCACGUACAGGAAACUUUGGGAGAAAAAGUUCCAGUUUGCAAAGACUUUUUGAGGGGUUUUUGUAAGCGAGGAAUUUAUUGUAAGUUCCGACACUUAACGACACAUGAAUAUGAAAUGGAAAUGGGUGGGGGGAGAGGGCUACCCGUCAUGGGUGACUCGGAGUUUGAUGAUUUUGGAUUUGAAUUUCAGCCACAACGUAAACGGCCAGCUUUUGAUGGUAGUUUUGCUGCUGGUGAUGGACCAGAUGGUCCAGGGGUGUUGCUGCCCACUCCUGGUCCUGACCCAAUGGCAAACACUUCCAUGCCUGAUGUUCAAAUGUUGGAAGGGGAAAACUCAAUCCUACGACGUAAAGUAGAGGAACUAAAAAAGCAAGUUACGGAAUUAACUUCAACUGUCGAGUACCUGUUGGAACAAAACGCACAGCUGCGUGCAUCUAAGCAGUCAAGUAUGCCCCCACUUAAUCCAUCUCCUAAAUCAUAUUCAUUCCAAAGCAGUGGACCGAACACCACCCGACCAUGGUAACUUUGAAUAACUUGGCAGGUUAAGUUUUUCACUUUCAUGGAGGUUUUAAGGCCAAGUUGAUGAAUGCUGCAGUUGGUAGUAAUUGUUUUAAAAGUAUUCAGUCAUUCUUCAUCUGAUAAACUCGUACAUUUUUUUUUCUUCCAGUUCCCUAAAACCUUUAAAUGAAAGUUUUGUAAUGUUUCAGAACAUAUUUUAUAUCAUUUAAAUGGGAAAAGUAUACCAUGAUGUACCACAGUUAUUAAUAAGCAAACGGUCGUACCUUUUAGAUGCACUUAUCGGUAGUGAAAAUGGGAUAUUAAAUAUUUAGUAUUUUUCUAUUAACCAUAUGAAAGUUUAUUUUCUUUUAUUAUUUUGCUCUUCGCUUACAAACAGCUACAAGAAGUCAGUGACUAAUUAAUAAUUACACUGGUGUGUUUUGUAAUGUUAUAUUUUUUGUGAAGGCUGAAAAUUCCAGGUAACAUUGUUUGUCAUAACAGGUUGUCUCUAUGGGGAUGUGCCGAUAUGAAAAUCACUUGGUUAUUGAUUAAAUGGUUUUCAGUAAUUUGUCAUUUUAAUCAGUUAGUUUUUGAAUUUACUGUACUCCUUCAUCAACAGUUAUAAACAAUGUUAAGUGACAUACUACUUCUGCCUUGUGACAUCUUAAUAAACAUAAUUUAUUUUGGACAUGUCCAACUCAGUUUAAAACAUCUUCACCCAGUUUCUUAUAGCCUAUAGAAGUGCCCAGGAUUAGAAAUUAACUUUUUAAAGCAGUAGUCAGUAUUUGCUACCUGCCUGAAAAGUUGGAAACAAAAUGAUUUUAUCCACUAGCUGCUAACAC